CUCUGUGAUUUUGAAUACAAUGCGCCACAGUGGCAACGCAUGCAUUGCCGCAACGGAUGAAAUUCGCCCAACUCUCAACUUUUGCCGCAAGCAAGUCCGGCAGUACUGUCAGCUGUCAAAUAUGGCAAUUGAUCCAAAUUGACUUGGUCUCGCGCACUUCUUAUUAAAUUCCCGCGGUUUAUUUAUAAAUUUAUAAAUCUAAUUGUUUGUACGAUGGAAUUUUUACUUAUAGAGGCAGUGCAAAUGCAUCCGUGUUUGUUCGACAAAGGGGACUUUUCAUAUCGAAGUAAGCUGGCAAAAGAGAAGGCCUGGAAAAGCGUAGCGGCUGCCACAAAUGCGAAUGUUCAGCUGUGCCAGAAUAGGUGGAGGUCCCUUCGCGACCGAUAUCUUAAAGAGGUGAAAGCUGGGAAGCUGCCAUCGGGAAGUGCUGCACCAGAAGGAAGUGGUUGGAGGUUUUUUGAGCCCAUGUCGAUCCUGCAGCGCUACGUUGCCCCUCGCAGAACUAUUUCCAACAUCGAGUGGUUAAGCGAAGACCCUAUCUAUAGUGAAUCCGGACAUUGUUUCGAUAUAGAAUCAGAUGGCAACAUGCCAUUCAUGAAUGAUCCCAGCGAGAUCGUAACACCUAACGAAGUUUGGGAUUGUAUCGAGUGCGAGGCAGCCCCGCCGACAGCCCCGCCGGCAGUACCGCCGGCAGCACCACCAACAACACCUCUGACAGCACCACCGAUAGCAAGUAAAACUUCGAAACGUACUGAAAAGCGCCAAAAGGACGAAGAUUGCUUUGACUGUCUUUGUGGGGCUGUAUCCGAUUGGAUACAGAAAGAAUCGAAACCCAUCUCACGAAAUACGGACUUUUUUAAAGUUUUAGAUGGUUAUUUAAUGAAGUAUACAGAUGACGAGCAGGAUGAAAUAAAAAUAAAAUUAUUAAGCUUUGUAAGCAGCUACCGGUAUGAGAACACCGUCUAGUGCACUAUUGUUAACGUUUUUUAAAACAACUUUUUUGGUGAAAUUUUGCACACUGUGCACCUAUAAAUGAGAAAGUGGUUAUUAGCUGUUGUGAUCAAAAAACGUUUGUAAUGUAAAAAUCAAGUGGUUAUGAAUAACUAAGUUUUGUGUAGCUUUUUGGCUUUGAUUUUGACUACGCAAAAGCCUUUGGACCUUAUGAAUAAAAACUAAGCAAUUGCUUCUUAAAAUUGCAGA